AUGACUACUUGUUUUCCUAAACUCUGUUGUGUACUUCUCCUCCUCUUGCUGCCUGCUGCAGAAUCCAUUCUCGGAUUCAACAAUACCGCAGAAAUAAAGUGCAUUGAGAGCGAGAGACAGGCACUCCUCAACUUCAAACAUGACCUCGUAGAUGCUCAUUACAUGCUGUCUACAUGGAGGGAUGAUGAGAAGAGUAAAGAUUGUUGCAAAUGGAAAGGCAUUCAAUGUGACCAUCAAACAGGUCGUGUUGGGAAUCUUCCUUACUUGCAAACUCUUAGACUUCCUGGUGAUUUUGAUGUCAAACCUAAGGAUGCACACUGGCUGUCUAAUCUCUCUUCCCUAACACAUCUUGCCAUCGAUGGUUUACAUAACCCUGACUGGUUGCAUAUGAUUCAUUAUCCAAAGCUAGGAGAGUUGAGACUAGUUGAUUGUUCUGUUUCAGAUACCCAUAUUCAAUCUCUGUUUUAUUCACGUUCCAACUUUUCCAAUUCUCUUACCAUCCUUGACCUUUCUUCUAAUAUGCUCACAUCCUCAACAUUUCAAUUAUUGUCUAACUUUCCUUCUCUUGUGAUCCUUGAUCUUUCCUAUAAUAAGAUGACAUCAUCGGUCUUUCAGGGUAUUUUCAACUUCAGUUCAAAACUUCAAAAUCUUUAUUUGCGAAACUGUAGUCUUAGAGAUGAUAGUUUUCUCAUGUCAGCUAUUUCAAUUACGAAUUCUUCGUCUUGUCUUGUCUCGCUUGAUCUCUCCUUUAAUCUAUUGAAAUCAUCAUCCAUAUUUUACUGGCUCUUCAACUCCACCACCAAUCUUCGUACACUUGAACUUCAUCAUAACAUGUUGGAAGGUCCCAUUCCAAAUGGAUUUGGGAAAAGUUUGUCUUUAUCUGAUAACCAGAUUACCGGCAUUCUACCUAUGAGCAUUGGAUCACUAUCUGAAUUGGAGGGCUUGUACUUGGAUGGAAAUUGCUUGGAGGGUGAUGUCACUGAAUCCCAUCUUUCAAAAUUUUCCAAAUUAAGGUUCUUAUCUUUGUCAGAUAACUCCUUAUCUCUAAAAAUAGUCCCUAACUGGGUUCCUCCUUUUCAAAUAAUAAUCUUGGAACUAAGAUCUUGCAAGUUGGGUCCUAGCUUUCCUAGUUGGCUCCAGACUCAACGCUCUUUACUUCAUCUGGAUAUUUCAGAGAAUAGGCUUAAUGGUUCAGUACCAAAAUGGUUUUGGAACAACUUGCGUGAUGUGAGAUAUUUGUAUGUCUCAGAAUAA